AUGGAAACUUUCCUCUCUGCAGUCCUGGGUGAGCUGAUAUCUCGAUCCAUAAAUUUCAUCAUCAACAAGUGGUCAACACUACUGAAACUGAACAUGGAGGAAAGCCUACAAAGGGCUCUUCUCAGAGCACAGGUCAUCAUUGAGGAGGCCAUGGGAUGGCAAAUCACAAAUCAAGCCAUGCUCCUGCAGCUGGGCAUGCUGAGGGAUGCCAUGCACCGAGGCUAUUACGCACUUGAUGCGUUCAGGUACCAGCCUCACUAUGGAGAAGAUGGCAAUGAUCCAGCUGCUAGGCGCUUUAUGCCCCUAUCCAAGGUACCCUCUGCAAAGGAUCCUUAUUUCUCCAGUCGAAAUGUACAGUUUCAGAAACAACUACGAGAGGCGCUUGACAGAUUGAGCUCCAUGAUUGUUGAUCUGAAUGAGUUGGUCAUGUUCUUGAUGAGCUACCCUCGUAUGUAUCGCCAGCCUUAUAACAUGCAUAUCCUAUUGGGUAACUGCAUGUUUGGUCGCCAGAUGGAAGUAGAACUUGUCAUUAAAUUCCUGCUGCACACGCAGCCUCGUAGUUCUCAAGAAUUGGAGGUCUUGCCAAUUGUCGGUCCAGUCAGAGUCGGCAAGAGUACCCUUGUCACUCAUAUUUGCAAGGACGAAAGAGUCCGUGAUUAUUUCUCAGAAAUUUUGUGGUUGUGUGACUCCAAUUUUAUAAAUGAUGAGCUAGCUUGCAGAGUAGGAUGUGUAAUGAAACAUCAAAAUUGUAUGCCAAACUCAAACAGAGGCAACAGAUUGCUUGUUGUUAUUGAAUUGUCUGGAGAUCUCUAUGAAGAUGCAUGGAAUAGGUUAUAUCUUGCUUCCAAACAGAGCUUUCCUUGUGGUAGUAAAAUCAUAGUCACAAGCUGUUCAGACAAGAUUGCAAAGUUUGGAACAACACCGGCUCUAACUCUGAAGUUUCUUUCCAAGGAGGCAUAUUGGUAUUUCUUCAAGACACUUACAUUUGGAAGCAUGGACCCUGAGAAGCACCCAAGUCUUGCACAACUUGCCAUGGAGAUAGCUAGAUUGCAGUAUGGUUCAUUCCAUGGUGCAUACAUCAUGUCUUAUUUGUUGAGGGACAAUUUGAACAUACACUUUUGGCGCAAGGUUUUGAGCUUCUUGAGAAGGGCCAUCCAGAAGCAUGUCUCUGAAUUCGGCGUGCAUCAUUUUGAUCUUCUGAAGCAAAACAGACCUGCACUGAUUGGCAGAAUGGCUAAACCUUCCGAAGAUUUCAUGAUUUGUCAUCAGAAUCACCGCUCUUCACAAGAGGAGGUUCCGGAGAUAAGAAUCAAAGAUUUGUUGUAUGGAAGCAUUAAGAGACAUGGAAAAUUUGAGGUCCUAGUAUGGAGAUCCCAGUUAGCUCCCUACUACAGCUAUGUCGAUACUUGUGAGAUUCGAGAGCGAAAAAUUACAGGUGCGAAGAGGAAGCGCUCGAUGAAAGAUGGAGCUACACUCUGUUAA